AACAAACCAAACCCUAUAUAUACAAGACGACAAGACAAGACAAGAGUGUCGAGACCGAUCGAUCCUUCGCCGCGCCGCAGGAUCUCCGCCGUCUGGCCAGUCACUUUUGCGAGAGAGAGAUAGGGAGCGGUCACUAAUCAGUCGGGGCAGGCAGGCAUGGGGAAAAAGAAGAAUGAAGUGGCCGGCAGCGACAAACACCACAGUCCGUCGUCUACCAUAUUUGUUGCCAAUUUACCCUUCUCUUUCACCACUGAUCAGAUGGAAGGAACUUUCAGUGAGAUUGGACCAAUAAGAAGAUGCUUUAUGGUUACCAAAAAAGGAUCAAGUGAGCAUCGAGGGUUUGGCUAUGUUCAAUUUGCUGCCAUUGAAGAUGCUAAUCGUGCCAUUGAGUUGAAAAAUGGUUCAGCUGUUGGAGGUAGAAAGAUUGUCGUUAAACAUGCCAUGCAUCGUGCUCCUCUUGAACAGCGUCGAACAAAAGACAAUGAAGUUCAAUCUGGAGAAGCUGUCAAACUAGAGAGUAACAAUGACAAGGCUAUGCAAUUCAAAGCAAAAGUUCAAUCUGGAGAUGCUGUUAAACCCGAGAAUAACAAGGCUGUUACAGUGGCGGACAAAACUGACAAAGCUUCGCAAUUCCAAACAAAAGCUCAAUCUGGAGAUGCUGUUAAACCCAAGAAUAACAAGGCUGUUACAGUGGCAGGCAAAACUGACAAGGCUUCGCAAUUCCAUGCAAAAGGUGAGUCAAGUAAUGAGAGAAAAGCCGUUGCAGUUUCUAGUAUUCGUCCCGAGGAAGUGAAAAGUUCUGAAAAACAAAGGGUUGCUAAGACAGUCAUAUUAGGUGGUCUGGUUAAUGCUAAUAUGGCUGGGGAAAUCAAUUUCAAAGCGAGGGAAUUCGGGACUGUUUGCUCGUUUGUAUACCCUCUUCCAGAAGAAGAACUUAAGCGUCAUGGACUAGCAAGAGAUGGGUGCAAAAUAAAUGCUGCAUCAGUGCUCUUUGGAAGUAUAAAAGCAGCUCGUGAGUGUGUGGCAGCUUUACACCAGAAAGAGAUACAUGGAGGAUCUGUUUGGGCACGCCAGCUUGGGGGAGAGGGGUCUAAAACUCAGAAGUGGAAACUCAUUGUGAGAAAUCUUCCAUUUAAGGCCAAAGAAACCGAGAUAAAAGAUAUGUUUUCUGCUGCAGGAUUUGUAUGGGAUGUUUUUAUUCCUCGAAAACCUGAGACUGGGUUAUCCAAAGGAUAUGCAUUUGUUAAGUUCACAUCAAAACAAGAGGCAGAAACAGCUAUCCAGAAGUUCAAUGGGAAAAGUUUUGGUAAAAGACCAAUUGCUGUUGAUUGGGCUGUUCCAAAGAGAACUUAUAUUUCUGGCAAUGAUACUGUUGCUGCAGUAGACAAUGGGGCGUUUACAUUCACUCAAUCAAUAUGUGGAUUUACAGGAGAUGAAAAAGAUGGUGGAAGCCGUAGUGGAUCAGAGGAUAGUGAUGGGGAGCCAGUCCAAAAAUCACAAGUGCAUGGAAGUGAUAAUGUGGAUGAAGCUGAUUCAUCUGAGGAGAACACUAGCGACAUUGAAGUAGAUUUUGAGGAAGAGACUGAGAUAGCCAAAAAUGUAAUUAAGAAUUUGAUAUCAUCAUCUUCUAAACAUGCUUCUGGCAGCAAUGAUUUGGAAGCUGUGUCUGAGGAAAACAGUGAGGAUAAAUCAAUUUCAGUCGAAAAGAAACACAGUGUUCCAUCCAGCACCCUGGUGUCUACCACAAGUGAUGAUGGGGCUAAGCCAAAUCAAGAAGAUGAGUUGCAGAGAACAAUAUUUAUUAGCAAUCUUCCCUUUGAUAUCACUACAGAGGAAGUCAAAGAACGAUUUGCAGCUUUUGGUGAAGUGCAGUCCUUCAUACCAGUGCUUCACCAAGUCACAAAGCGUCCCAGAGGAACUGGUUUUCUCAAGUUCACAACAACAGAUGGUGCAGAUGCUGCAUUUUCCGCAGCCAACACUGUAGCCGGAUUGGGAAUAUUAAUUAAAGGCCGACACGUAAAGGUAUUGAAGGCAUUGGACAAGAAAACAGCUCAUGAUAAAGCAUCAGAGAAGGCUAAAAAGCAAGAGCACGAUAACCGCAAUCUUUACCUGGCAAAGGAGGGUCUUAUCUUGGAAGGGAUGCCUGCUGCAGCUGGAGUUUCUGAAAGUGAUAUGUCAAAACGCAAGAAGUUGCACGAAGAUAAGACAGCUAAACUUCGGUCUCCAAAUUUCCGUGUGUCAAGGACAAGACUCAUCAUGUACAAUGUGCCUAAAAGUAUGAAAGAAAAUAAUCUUAAAAAACUGUUUGUAGAUGCAAUCACCUCUCGAGCUACAAAGCAAAAGCCCACAAUUUUGCAGAUAAAGAUAUUGGAUGGUUCCAAAAAAGACAAAGAACGUGGAAAAAGCCGUCUGCGUGGAGUAGCAUUUAUAGAGUUCACCGAACAUCAACAUGCCCUUGUCGCCCUAAGAGUUCUUAAUAACAAUCCUGAUACUUUUGGUUCUGAACAUCGUCCGAUUGUGGAGUUUGCUUUAGACAAUGUCCAGAAGCUAAAGCUUAGGCAAGAAAGGAUUCAAUCUCAGCAACUGGCUCUUCAUAACAAUACUCGAAAUGAUGAUUCAAACAUGGCGGUUUCUAAUGCUGAAAAGAAGUCUAGAAAACGCAAGUUUAAAGAUGUUGACAUGCCGUCAGUAGGUGACAAACUUGCCUCAGUUGUUGAAGCCGAAGACAGUUGUACAAAGAAGCAAAAUUCCCAUUCUCAGAAAAAUUCAAACAAGCAGUUGUCAAAGUCAAAGAAAAAGCAGCAAAAGCUAUUUGACGAGGAGUCGAGGCAUGAGCAGAAAGGAAGGUGGGCAAUGGGUCAGGAGAACACCAGACGAACAACUAUGGAAGGCACUCACACUCACAGUGUUGCUAGUAGACGUGAAGACGGAAAAGAUGAAAUGCAAAGAAAAAGAAAGAAUGUCUUCAGCAAUGAAUCUGAAAAGGUUUUUGACGACGAACAGAGGCAGCAGAGGAAGCAUCGAAGAAAGAAGAUGGAGCCAGUGGGAAGAGAUGUAGUGGAUAAGCUCGAUGUUUUGAUUGAAAAAUACCGAUCGAAAUUUUCCGGGAGUGAAUCGGGUAUUGGUAAUGGUAAUGGUAAGCAAGGGUCGAACAAGCUCAAACGAUGGUUUGCUUCCUAAGUUGAAAUUAGGAGGAGGAGGCUUGAUUUGAUGAAAACAUUAGAGAAAAUUUUGAUGAUUGUGUCAUGUCACCUGCAGCAGCAGCAGCCAGCUUAGAAUUAUUAUAUCGAAAAUUCAUUCUGAAACUGAAAGCAAACACCGUCUGUACGUGCAAGUAAUAUUUACAUUUUUGGGAUGUUGUGUUACUCUGUGUUGUCUUGUGUGUUCUUAUUGUGAAUGGAAAUACGAUUCGAUUGAAGGUUUACAAUA